AUGGAGUUGCUGCUGGGUUCUUCGGGUUCCCAUCCAACGCUCUUCUCCACUGCCUCUUCUUUCGAAUCCUCUGCUGCUCGUCGAGUCGCGCACUCCCGAUCGAAGCUCUGCCAAGAGAUCCAUGUACCUCUCAAAGGGGACAUGUUCCUGUUUGUGGAUAUUGCCGAUCAUAGUCGCAGACGGGAUGAUCCUCCUCCUCAACGUUGCUAA